AUGGAGAACAUCAUAAUCGGUCACAACGUCAAUCCCUCGAUGAUUCAAAUAUGCGAGAUUGUGAAGCGCAAGCUUUUUGUGCUUAUGGACGACCGCAAUGUCCCCAAGCCAAUUGACAUUGGCGAGAAAGAGAAGCGCAUCGAGGGUAUCCUCCAAAUCGACCCCAAGGAACUGGCCAACUGCUUCACCCUUGUGGAGCACGAUCGCCUCAAAUCCAUAGGCGAGCUUGAGCCGCUGGCUCAGCUAUGGAAUCUGAAUGGACCUGACUCGCCGUUUCACUGCCCGAACGACCAACUCCAAAAUAUGAUCAACUCAUUUAAUACGGUGAGCUUCUGGGCCGCUACAGAGAUAUGCACACAGCCCGACCCUCAACAGCGUGCGAAAAUCGCGGAAAGGCUUAUUGCUGUCGCAAAGGAGUGUCGGCGUUUGAACAACUUCAGCACGUCCUUUGCGAUUAUAUCUGGACUCAAUAACUCAUCGGUUUCGAGACUCAAGGCAACAUGGGAGCUCGUCGAGCCGAAGCGAGCCAGGCAGCUGAAAGAACUCGAGGAGUUCUUCAACCCCCAAUGCAACUUUCGCACCUACCGCGCCGAGCUCGACUUGCUGGACUCGCGCAACUACCCGCUUAUCCCCAUCUUGGGCCUGUUCAUGAAGGACUUGCUCUUCAUCAACGACGGAAACCCGAAAUACACGAACGAGUCGAUGAUCAACUUUGCCAAGCUCCGGACGGUCUACUGCACCAUCUCUCGGUUUUCCAGCUGGAAGUGUCGGCCGUUCUUUGGUAUCCCUGAUGCGACGGGACUGCAAGCCUAUGUUCGAGGCCUGAAAGCACUGAACGAAGCCGCGCUGUAUAAAUACAGCUGCUUGUGUGAGCACCGCGAGGGAGAGAAAGAGCGAUUGCUCGACAAGUGGCUGGCCCAGGAUCAAUAGAGGCCUCGUCAGCACCGAUACAGCUGACAACGUCCACAGAGUGAGACAGGAUCCUGGGUCCAGUAAUGGCUGGCCAGCACAAUUCGAC